UCGUUGUGAACCAUGACAAGAACACGGCAUUACGAUCCCCUGACACGUGCCUAAUGAAACGGCUAUUCUCUGAUUUAAAAUUCAAAUCUCCUCAUCCCUACCUCCGCCGUCCACAAAAUCUUUUCUCCCAAUCUCAACCACCAUCCGAUCUCUUCCUCUUUCUUCUUUCCUCGAACAAAUUCGUCCUUUUAAUUAGAAAACUGCUACCUUCUCUUCAUCCUGCGUAUGCCCUUUGAGCUCUUCUUCUUCUUCCUCUCCUCGUAACAGUUCAGAUCAAGCUCAUGUCGAUCCCUAGAAGCACAGCGAUGGGCACUCCUUUCUUCUAUGAGUUCAAGAAGCAAGCUACGUUUUUCCUCAGAGAGAAGAUCAAGAACGCUCGUUUGGCUCUCACUGAUGUCACUCCGGCUGAACUACUGACCGAGGAAGCGACUAAUGGGAAUCCAUGGGCGCCGGAUGCAAAGACGUUGUGCUUCAUCUCGAGAUCAGCUUUUGAGAUCGAUGAUUUCUGGAGAAUUGUGGAUAUUCUGCAUAAGAAGCUGGCUAAGUUUGAUUUGAAGCACUGGAGAGAAUCAUACAAUUCUCUAGUAGUUCUCGAGCAUCUUCUGACUCAUGGACCAGAGAGCGUUGCAGAUGAAUUUCUGUGUGAUAUAGAGGUCAUUCAAAGAUUGGGCGAUUUUCAGUAUAUUGAUCAGAGAGGGUUUAAUUGGGGAUUGGCUGUUAGGAAGAAAUCAGAGAGGGUUCAGAAGUUACUUGAGAAAGGUCCAGUGCUUAAAGAAGAGAGGGAUCGAGCUCGCAAGCUUACAAGAGGGAUUCAAGGUUUUGGAAGCAUGAACUAUAGAAUAUCUAAGAAAAACCAGGACGAAUUUGAGCACUCGUCUGACUACUUUGGAAGGUGCAAUUCUCAUUAUGAAAAUUAUAGCCAACAAGAUGAUGAAAUGUUAGAGAAAAAGAAUAAGAGUUCUAAUUUGAAAGACCCACAGAAAAAUAUAAUUUUGACAGGAAAAGGACCAAUGAAAGCUGAUUCUGCUGAUAAUAUGUACGAAAGAUUAGCAGACGAAGAAGAAGCAACUCUUGGUGAUGAAGAAGAGAGAAAUGGCUUUCCAGUGGAGGAUAUGAAACAACUGCUGGAGAGGCCAAAGCUUGAUUUUCAGAAAGAAGAGCACCACCCAUUUGUUUUUAAUGAGCAUCAGAGAAUGGAAUCAAUGAUCCUUCUGAGCCAAUCGUGAGGAAUCGUAAAUUUUGGGUAUAUGAUGGAAUCAAAGAAGUUUCACCACUUUCUCAGCGAUGCAACUUGACCGGAAUGAACUAAUGGAAACCUGAUGAAGCUGUGUAGUCUCUCUUUCAUUUUGGCUUUGUAGAUAUGAGCAUGUAAGAGUAUUGUGUUCUGUUGCAGCCUUUCUUUUCUUUCUUUGGAUUGUUUUCUGGACCUGAAUGUUAAUGUAGG